GGAAGGAAGGUGACCGCCUACUUCGCAUUCAUCAACUCUCAUCACAACAACAAAAAUCCUGGCGCAAAGGGCGGCCAGCAGGCGCAAUCGGUGGCGAGGGGCGGCGGGCGAUAACCCCCAGGCGGGCGUCCACCCCCGGGCGCAGCGUGCGGACACGGGGCCGGGGGCGCUGACCAAAGAUGUCCUCGGAUGCCGGCCCGGUGUCCUUCGCCCUCCUCCUCCUCCCGGAGUGGCGCAGUGAGGCGCGGGCACGGCGCCCCAGCCAGCGGCCGCAGGAGGAGGAAAGCGCAGAGAAAAGGAAAGGAAGGACGGAAGCGGCGCGGGCCGCUGCUCCGGUGCCCUCCGGCUGCGCAGGAGCGAGGCGGGAGGCGAGAUACUUCUCACUACAAAUCGGCUCUCUCCAGGGAUUAGCGGCUACGCGAAAGUGCACACUGGCGCUGCGGGCAGCCGAGGGGGCCGGGCAAAGCCGGCACUCCCCGGCCCAGCCCCACCACACCCUGGAGGCUCUGGGGAGGCGCGGGGGUCCCGAGGCCGGUGCGGUGACUCCACCCGCCCUCGCCUUCCUUCCUCCUCCGCCCCUUCCACGUGGGGCCCGCCACGUGGGGAGACGCGAGCUCCGGCGGGCCUCGCCGCGGUCCCCCGGGUGGCCCCGGCUGGGUAGGGCCCCCGCCACGCCCGCGCAGCAGACCUGCCCUCUACUCGGCCCCGAGGCUCCAACUUCCUCCUGGGCCCUGCGCAGGCCACUGGUGCCGUCCCAGGCCCGCGAGGUCAGGCGCGGGCCGGCCACAGGGGGCACUUGCGUUCCCCGAUCCCAGAUCCCGGAGACCGUGCCGGCUGUGGGUGCGCGCGGAGACUGGUCUGUGUGCUGGAACUUGCCGCAGUGUGUUCGCUACGAGAAGCUAAAUGUUUUUACACAUUUAAAAAAUUUGUCUUUUCUGCUGUCUAGAUGUCGCUGGGGCUAUUUUGAAAGCCUUGCCUUGGGACGGAUCUCCAGCCUCACUGAGGCCUUGGGGGCCCGAGGGUCGCUUGCGCGGUGCCCCUUCACGGGUCCACAAGUAUCUCGGUGUUCAGCGAUUGGAAUCUGGACACCCAACGACGAUGGGGCACUGCGGCCGCGCGAGACUAGACAGCAUCUGGGCUGGAUUCCUUGGCCAUGACCCGCGACAUCCGAGCGCUGUCCCCGGAAGGGAGCCAGCUCCUUGCGCCUAGGGCCUCCCUAGCUUACUAACCAGACUUUAGGCGAGCGGCUUCAAAGGACCCCUGUAGCGCUGAGCAGAGCCCUUGGGUGCAAUUGUUUUUAAAUCUUUCGGGUGCUAGCGAUUGGAUUGAGAUGUUGGACUGUAUGAUCGAGAGGAGGGGGUCUAGUGUCAUGACUUUGAAGGUCACAGAGACCGCCGCCAUUCAGAGAGCCACUUCGAGUGGUGUGGCCUUCUAAGGACCGGAGAAAUUUAUAGCGGACAUGAGCCGCGUGAGGACUCCGAGCCCCUGAACCCAUCGCUGUGCGUUCUGGAGAGCACUUUAUCUCGUCCUGUUUGCUAAAGUGCACACCCAGAUGCCGCCUGCAAGACUGGCAAUGUGUGGUUUCUAUGGUUGUGGCAUAGUCAAACUGGUUUUAAAACUAGUUUACAAACCUUUUCUGAAUGGCAACGCGGGAAUGGUCCCUCCCAAACACACUUAACAUGGUUUUUAACGUGCCCCUAAUAGGCCUGGGGCUGGUCAGUCGCGAAGUAGCUCACCAUCUUGAUGUCCUGUGAGAGAAUUCACAGGUGUGCACCCACCCCAACCCCUCCAUCUGUCAGGGCUUUGUAUUCUCAUAAAUUGCUCUGAAGAAUUCACUGUUUCCCCAGCAGCUUCCCUCCAAGGUCGUGGGGCCCAAGACCUGCUUGUAAACUGACCUCGUCGCAUAACCCAGGCUCCUGUGCCACCAGUUCCUGCUUCAUGAGUUCCUUGGCCCUAAACUGUGGUGGUGAAGGCUCCUGCGUCUUGUUUCUCAGAUCUUUGCCCUUCCUGGCCCUCUCUUCUUACCAAGAAACCAUAGCCAGCUGGCUUUUCUUAUUGCUUGUUCAGCUUUCCUCCGGUCUAAUUUUGAAUUCCACUUGAGAAAAAUACCAUGGUGGGUCCUGCAGGGUGGCACAGCCUGCACGGAUCGGAGUUCAGUCCCCAGUGCCUAGUAAAAGGCGCCAAAACUACACAGAGAAACCCUGUCUCGAAAAAACAAACAAAAAAGUAAAAGGAAAGAGCGGACGAAAUUGUCCUCAGACCCCUGCUCAUGCAUCACAUAUCACACAACCAUAAGAAAACACUACCCUCUUAGGAACGCAAAACUAAAAAUCAUUUCGAACUUCUGACUGACGGCCUGCAUUUUAAAAUAUGGAGCCCAGCCUGGAGGAAGUAGCGCUGUAGGCAGAACACUGGACUGGCUUAUAGGAGGUCCUAGGUUCAUCCCUUGCUUCUGGGGACAAGGGAUCUGACAACCACCCAGUGAUGUUGCACUGGUAAUACUUUGGGGCUGGCAAGAUGGCUCAGUGUGUCAGGUACUUGCCCCCAAGCCGGACAACCUAGAAAGAGCAAACCGACUUCCUCCGGCCACCAUACAUGUAUCAUGGACAGCAUGCCCACCACACAAAAUAUAAAUAAGUGUACUAACAUUUUCAAGAAAUGUAAGUCUGGUGCUGGAGAGAUGGCUCAGGUUAAGAGAACCAGCUGCUCUUCCAGACGACCUGGGUUCAAUUGCCAGCAACCCACGUGGCAGUACACACAUAUCUGUAACUCCAGUUCCAGGGCUUCUGACACCCUCACACAGACAUACAUGCAGACAAAAUACCAAUGAACAUAAAAUUAAAAACAAAAUUAAAAGAAAAGAAAUGUAAGUCCAGUUACCAUCAGCAUGUAAAUUAGUUCAGAUAGUAACCAUUUUUUAAAAAGAUGUUGAAUAUAGACAACAAAACCAGAAACAAAAACCCAGUCCUGGAGAGAUAGCUAAGCAGUUAGGAGCACUUGCUGCUCUUCCAGAGGACCUGAUUUCAGUUCCCAGUAACUACAUGGGGUGGCUUACAAUCACCUGUAACUCCAGCCCUAAAGGGAUCUGAUGCCCUCUUCUGAUCUACAUGGAUACCAACGUGUGUGUGUGUGUGUGCAUACACACACACUCAAAAAUCUUUAAGUGUUAAGUAAUUUAUUUAUUUCUUUACUUACUUAAUAUUUAUUUAAUUUGUAAUGUGUGCUGGUAUUUUGGCCUGUGUGUAUGUCUGUGUGAGGGAGUCGGAUCCACUGGAACUUGAGUUACAGACAGUUGUGAGCUGCCAUGUGGGUGCUGGGAAUUAAACCUGGGUCCUUCGGAAGAGCAGCCAAUGCUCUUAGCCGCUGAGCCAUCUCUCCAGCCCUCUUUAAAUUUUAAAAAUAUAAACAGGCUCUAAUAGAUACUUCUCUGAGGAUGAUGCACGAAUGGCCAAUAAGCACGCUCAGAAAAUGUUCAGCCUCAGUCAUUAGGGAAAUACAAAUGAAAACCACAGUAAGAUACCACUAAUUAUCCACUGGGAUGACUAUUAUCAACAGAAGGGGAAAUGAUGUGGAGAAAUGGGAGCGCUUGUGCGGUGCUGAUGGCGGUGUGAAUGCUUCCCCCACAGUGGGAGUGGCAGCUCCUUAGAAAGUUAACACGGGAUUGCUAUAUGAUCCAGAAAUGUCACUUCAGCACUGGAGUGGGGUAUAGUGUGGGAAGAGACAAGAGAGUCACUAGGGCUUCAUAGCCAACCAGUCUAGGUGAAAAAAUGUCCCCAGUUCAGUAAAAGGCCCUGUCUCAGGGGGCUGAAGUGGAGAGUGACAGAGCAGGACACCCACAUCCUCUUCUGGCCUGUGCAGUGGCAUGGGUAUGCACAGCUGUAUACACACACACACACACACACACACACACCAUUAAAAAGAGGAAAUUCUGAAUUGCUAAAAUAUAGAUGAACAUUGAAAAAAAGGCUAAUGAAGCAAACCGGGCACCGAGGACAAAUAAUUUGUACCUCCAUUUACGUGUGGUUAGUAAAUGGGCAAAACCGUAAGAAGCACGGUGGUGGUGAUUGGAAUUGAAGGGAGGCAGUGUGGGCAUUAUUGUUCAGAUUGUAAAGCGCUUACCCUGCCAGACUGGUGACCUGAGUUGGAGCCCCGGAACCGCAUGCGUGUGUCCAUACAUACACACAGAAAGUUACAGUAACUUACUUUUUACAAGACGGGAAAGACAGAGGCAGAUGGGGUGGUUCACGUGUGCAAUUCUAGCUGGGGCAGGAGGAUGGCCAUGAAUAAUUCUAGUCCGUCCUGAGCUACAGAGUGAGACGCUGCCGUGGAAUGAAAGAAAGAAGGUGAGGAGACAAAGUUGGGUACGGAGGGGUGGCUCCUGAGGCUCAGUUUCUGCACAUUGGCAAAGUUGUGGUCAUGAGAAAGCCAGAGGGAAAUUCUGACAGGCUGGAAAUUAAAAAGCCGUGUGUGCUUUUAUAUUUAAGAGGAAGUAACGUGAGUUCACAAAGUUGACAGCAAACUCUUUUUUUUUUUCUAAUAGUAUUUAUGAUCAGGCCAGGCCUGGUGUCUCACAGUUCGUCCAGCAACUGAGAGAUUGGAGCUAGGGGAUGACGGCAGGUUGGAGACCAGACUGGCCUGCCAGGCCAGCACGGGCUACACAGUACGAUCUUGCCUCAAUAGGCAGACUCUCCAUUCGCUUUCCUGAUGGUCCGAGUUAAGUCAAGAGUGUUGCUUUCUCUUGGGCAAGGGCAUUAACUAAACUUCUGGGGGUCUGUAAAGCCCCCAUAGCACUGGGUUUCCAGUGGGCAUAAGCUCUGUUGCCAAGGACUCUCCAUUCCCCUGGCUUCCAUCUUUCCUGGUUGUUUGCAUGUGGUUCAAACUCGCCCUCAGAAAUUUCCUUCCUUGUUCUGGGGAUAUCCGUUCCCUCUCCAUUUGGGGUUCAAGAGAAAGGGUCCUAGCUUUGCAUUGAGAGGUCCGGCCUGGUAGAGGCCCAUGGCUCUAAGAUGAAGGCAGGUGUGCCUGGGGCAGGUGUAAGGGCACAGUCUGCUGCCCUCACCAAGACUGCUGGCGGUGCCAUUCUUCCCUUAAUUUGCAGUGCCUAUUCUUUGCCUCUCGGCCUGGGGUUCCAUCUGGCCUCAAUGAAAGGGAGUGGAGACAUUCUCACGGUUUGCCAUCAGAUCACGCUUCUGCAUUCACCGCUAGUAUCCCAGGGAAGGGACAGUGAACGCUGGCCCAGACGCUUCAUCAACACCUGGCAUAAAAGGAUGCUCUGUGGUGCACACCCAUAAUCCCAACAUUCCUCCAGAUGUGGAGGCAGGAGGAUCAGAAGUUCAAGGUCAUCUUCAGCUACACAGGAAGUUCAAGUCCGGCCUAGACUACCUGAGACACUGACAAAAAGCCAAAGCCAGCCACCUGCUGGUUAGUGUCUGUCACCUCUGUUCUGCAUUGCCACCUACAAGAGAAACAAAGUGUUAUCUCUGAGCCGGACUUAAUGGUGUCAGAUGCCUUUGACUCCAGCCGUCAAGAGGUACAAGCAGGCUGAUCUCAAUGAGUCUGAGGCAAAUCUAACCUACACAGUGAGUUCCAGGACAGCUGGGGCUGUGUAGAAAGAGACCCUGUCUCGCCGGGCGGUGGUGGCGCACGCCUUUAAUCCCUGCACUCAGCCAGGCGGAUCUCUGUGAGUUCGAGGCCAGCCUGGGCUACCAAGUGAGUUCCAGGAAAGGCGCUAAGCUACACAGAGAAACCCUGUCUCGAAAAACCAA